AAUACGCCGAACCUAUACAAUUUUUUGUUCAUUGGUGGACACGUUAUGACACUUCUUGAACUAGUGCCCGAAGAAGAAACCACAUGCGCCUUCCAAUUUAGAGUUCUGCGUCUUUAAUUAGAACUUCAUACAAUUGUUCACCUUCUAAAAUGGCGCUAAGAAUUCUGAAGAUGUUUGCAAGACUGUUAACAUGUUCACUUUUGCUCAACACACUAGCCACUACUUCAGCAGACGAUACUUGGAACUCACCAAACUUUAGUCCAUUAAUGGAAAUUGUGAAAAAAAUCAUGACUCUGUUCGAAGGUCAAGGACAACUAAAUUUUCAGCAGAUCCUGAUGACUUUAUUCUCUGGGGCGACUCACAUACGCCUGACCGAGGAUUCUAGUUUUACGGCAAUGGACAAAAACGGUAUAAAGGAGUGGGGUGAAUCGGACAUUUUGAAGCUAGGUUUUAAACCUCGACAUUCCAAAACAGAAUUUCUUGGUGCAAGCCAAAGGGAUUGCUUUUCAGACUUCCAUCGUUUGAUAGAAAAUGUUACAGAAAACCCUUGGGUUUUUCAAUUUCUUGACGCCUUUGGUAAACCUGGACCAUCCUUAUUGAAGGGUAGAAUAAAAUUUGUGGGCAACUAUAAACAGUGCAGGAGUGCCAAGGCGCCGCCUCUGCCUGGUGAAGUGAAUAGUGGAUACAGUGGCAAUUAUUGUGUGGUGAAUCUUUCAAUAAAGAAUCUGACUGGAUUCAUCGUCCAACUAGCUAAAAUACAAAUCGGCACCUGUAUGCCAGACAGCUGUACUGAAAGUGACAUCACAGACAUUGUAGAUCUAGGUUUGACUAUGUUCAAUCUCUCCUCAAUUUUUGUAGCAGAGCCGACGGAAUGCCGUACAGACAAAAGAGAAUUCACUGGAGCGACAUAUGCCUCAAUUGUCAUCCUUUCGGUCAUUUUAACUCUAAUGGUCAGCGGAAGCUUGUUUGAUCUUCUUGUCAUUGGGCGACCGAAGUGGACAACCAAUCACCAAAGGGAAGAGCUCAUUCAGUCCGAUACCGAGAAAAUGUUUCCCUCUCAGAGUGGACAUCACAAGACCAAAAACGAGGCCAAGAUUUUCGAGACAGACAUAUCUGAAAGACCAUUCAAAAAGACUCAUUCGAAUGGUCAGUUCGUGUGUGACAGUCAGUACACAGAGAAAACGCCUAUCAUUGGUGAGGUCAAGGGUAAGGGAGGUGUACAUUUGUCACUCAAGGGAGAAAAAGCUUUUGCAAAUCAAGCAGAGCCAACGAUGUCUUUUAGAGACUACUUGGGACAAAUUUUACUGUCCUUCUCGGUGUUCAGGAACGGUUCUAAAAUUCUCGACACCUCACAGACCAGUGACUCCUUGACUGUCAUCCAUGGUAUCCGUUUUCUCAGUAUAUCGUGGGUCGUGCUGGGACACCUCCAUCAAAAUGCUCUCCUCAACACUUUGAACAUAUCAGAGAAGGCCCUUGCAGUUAUGAAGGAAGGCCAGUAUGACGUAAUAACCAACGCAUUUUUUUCCGUGGACAGUUUUCUUACUAUAAGUGGCUUCCUGGUAGCGUACAUAACAACAAAGAUGUACAAACAGAACCCGAAGUUCAACUGGGGUCUCUUUUAUAUCCAUCGUUUUUGGAGGUUGACACCUACUUAUAUGUUGACGUUGCUUGUCAUCCUGGGGCUGCUGAGAUUCAUGGGGUCCGGCGCCCUGUGGCCAACAGUUGCUCUAGAUCAACAUAGCUGUGAAGCGAACUGGUGGACCAACUUGCUCUAUGUCAACAACUUCUUCAAAGUGGACAAGCCGUGUUUACUCCACUCCUGGUACCUGGCUGUUGAUUCUCAGUUCUACAUUUUGUCUCCAUUAAUUCUGCUUCCUUUUUUCUGGAAGUUCCGUGCUGGGAUGCUGGUCUGUGGAAUUCUGUUGUUUGCUUCAUGGCUGACUACAGGAGUUCUGUCCACUUACUAUCGGUGGGCGUCAUCCCUCGUCCGUUUAGACAUCAACUCUUUAGAUAAAAUGGAUCAUUACUUCUUCUUCAACUACAUCUCGCCUUAUUGCCGUAUUGGACCGUACAUCAUCGGCCUCAUGUCCGGCCAUCUCUUAGCUGUGCGCCAGGGACAAGUUCGGAUGAACAAGAUUACUGUUUGGAUUGGCUGGGUUGUCAGCAUAGCGUGUGGCCUUGCCGUUGUUUACGGUAUCCAUGGAGACAUAAGUGCGGAAAACAAAAGUAGUGUUGCUGUGUCUGCCCUCUACAACGCCCUGGCCAAGUCUGCUUGGGGCGCAUGCGUAAGUUGGGUGAUCAUCGCUUGUUCUUCUGGUUAUGGAGGUCCAGUUACUGUUCUGUUGUCUUGGUCACCUUUUAUUGUGCUCAGUCGUCUGACGUUUAUGACCUACUUGAUCCAUCCCUAUGUUAUUUACAUCUUCUUUAACAGCCAGGAGACACUCUACGCCUCUAGCUAUAUUAUGGAUAUUACAUCCUACCUCGGCAUCUUGUGGCUAACAAACAUGAGCUCCUUUGUUCUGAUGCUUGCCUUAGAGUCACCGGUGAUCGCUUUAGAAAAGGUCAUUUUCAGAAUUAAAAGACCUUUAAAGCAAUCGAGAAAGUCACUUUUGUUUGCUUAGUAAAAGCUACCUACGUGACUUACAUCAUAGCCAGAUAAUAAAUCUGAAAUGCCAAUAAAAAUGAGAAGUAGAUCACAAACCAUUAAAAAUCUGAUGUAUACAUUU